UGGAGACCCAAGUUUGGGAAACCCUGAACUAGUGUAUGCACAUGUUAUGAAACAUGUGCAUCUUUGCCCUCUUCCUUUCUUUUUUGGAUGUGUAAGUGACCUCUCUAGUCCUUCUCAAUUUAAGCACUAGAAUCCGCAUUGAUAAUGAUUUUGGGUGCCAGGUCUUGAUCCUUGGAAGACUGGGCUAGAUGGAUCAGUGUUGUCCCUACUUCCACAUAUUUCAUGGAUGAGCAGCUCAUCAGGAUAGUUUGCAGAGCAGUUUUGGAAAAUAAACAUCGUGAGACAGCUUACUCAGCUAUUUCCUGUGACUCCUACAGACUUUGUACAACUGUGAGUGGUGAUCGUAACAAAGGAAGUGAUCUUCCAACUCAAGUGCUGGCAGACAAAGUAAAUGUGGGUUCAAAUUAGUAGCAAUUAUUCUUUUACCAUUUAAUAUAAUUUAUUUUCAGCUAUAGCACCUUUCCACAAACAUUCAGGGUAGUUUACUGUCAGAGGUUCUUGUGACUACUCUAGAGUAACGACGCUCCGCAUGCUUGUCUUUCAGCAGUUUUUAGUAGUGCAGGCUAUUUACAGUGAGCUGGGUAUGUACAACAUGUCUGCUCAGUCCGAUACAGAAUCCGGCACUGAAACGCCCCUUGACUUCCUCCAACAUAAGAGUCUUGGGACAGCAAACCUCCUUCCCCUCCUUCUCCUGCGUAAUUCCGGAACCGGAGGAAAGGGUCUACGCUCCAUGUUUUCCUUCUCCCCCUUUCCCCCUCUCUCUCUUCCUCCCUCCUGUGUAGCAGGGGCUCUCCCGUGCUGAGAGAGCCCUGGUCCUCUCUCUCCACUUCCUGACUGCUCUCCUCAGCGUCCUUGCUGCCAUUGCUGCUUGGGGAGGAGCUGCUUCUGAUGAGAGGGGGAGGGACUCUAUACUCUCUUCCCCUUACAUUUACAAUUAAAGAAAAAACAAAAUUACAAAAAAAUCUGUAAAACUACAGAGCAAACUAAAAUUGACUUUUAAAAAUCUAAAUAGGAGUGGUAGUAUGUAUGGCAGCUUAAAGUUUUUAUCCUACAAUAUCCUACUGGAAUAAACUAUCUUCACUGUCCCUAAAAGCAAGUAGCACUAGAGCCAGGUGGACCUCCCUUGAAUGGCUGUUCCGGAUCUUUGGCACCACAACUGAAAAGCCCCUGUCUCAAAUACUCAUCCACCACGUUUUAACAGCAGGAGGAAUUGAAGCAGGGUCUCCAAAGAUGAGCAAAGUUGCCAAGCAUUUCUCAAGAUGUUCUAGUCCUAGGCCAUUUGGUGCUUUAAAGGUCGGAACCAGCACCUUGAAUUAAGUCCGAAAACAAUCUGGAAAACCAGGGAAGCUACGUAUAUAAGAUUGCUGUACUGUGAUAUGAUCAAUUGGCUCUGGUCAGUACUCUGGCAACUGUUUUGAACCAAUUGAAGUUUCCAGAGUGUCUUCAAGGGCACUCUCACACAUCACAUGUGUCGAAUCUAGCAGUGGCUGAAUGACUGAGACAAAGACCGAUUUCUAUUUUUAAAAGGUGUCAUUGGCAUAUAAGACAAAAGAGGGUGAAAAUCACUCCUGGAACCACUGCCACCUUGCAGGGCCAGAUUGCAAGAGCAUUUCCAAACCGAUAACCAGCUGCCCAGAGGAAUGCAGGUUGCAUUCACCAGAAUAGUACCCCCAUCCUGUGUGAAUUUGUUUGUUCACCGUCAUGAUGUCAACCAAUGCCAAAAUGCAACCAGUUUAGGACUCCCCCACCUUCACCGGGAUUAGAAGACAGAAAUGAGAGGUAGAGCUGAGUGUCAUUUGCAUAGUGACCUAGUCCGCUGGUGGUAGGCAUUUUUUAAACGACCGCUUGGUAUAAAAUGUGCAGUGUGUUUUGCCUCACACUGGUAUUAGAAUAGGGAAGUAUUGUAUUACAUUGACAUGGCUCUGCGGGCUUGAAGGUCACAGCUCUCUUGUCAUGACUUCUCAGUGUUAUUGAUUUGACUGCGAGGUUGACUUUCAUGUGCACCUCAUUAAGAUGAGUGAUUGUUUUCCAAGUUUCAAGUGGAGGUGCGGGUCUCUUCAUGGUAUAAUUGCAUGAUUUACCCUGUGCAGCUAGUGGUAAGAGAAAUGUCUUACAGAAGAUCCAGCUGUGAGUUUUCAUUUCUUCAGGAACAGGAGGCGGGACUAGAAACCAGCCUAAAGCUAGGCAGGGCAUUGAUCAGACCAGAAAUGAUGUAGAGAGCACACAGCCCUGCAGACAGCCUCGUGGAAAUAUUAACUGGCAGAGAUAACCAAGAGGAAAUGCUCAGUGGCAGAGUGAAACCAUCUGUCAGAUUCCGAACAGUUCUUCUCAAUAAGCAGAAAAUGAAAUCGAGAAGAGAUUGUGUUUAACGGAACAGCAGAGCCUUGGGAUAUUUGUGCACAAAAAAUUGAGGCGAAGGAGGCCUGUGACUGGUUGCGAGCUGCUGGAUUCCCACAGUAUGCACAAUUGUACGAAGAUUCCCAGUUUCCUAUUGACAUUGCUGCUGUAAAGAAAGACCAUGAUUUUCUUGACAAGGAUCUUGUAGAACCUCUUUGUAGACGUCUGAACACACUGAACAAGUGCGCCUCAAUGAAACUCGAUGUGAACUUCCAAAGGAAGAAGAGUGAAGACUCUGAUGAAGAAGACCUUUGUGCCAUCAGUAACAAAUGGACUUUCCAAAGGACCAGCCGCAGAUGGUCUCGGGUGGACGACAUUGACACCUUACUUCAUCAGUCAGACAAGCAUGGGUCCUUGGGGGACAUUAAGAUGAAAAUCACCACCAGCAGUGAAAGUGUGCUUACUGAUCUGAGUGAACCUGACGUCUCAUCUAUUCACAGCGAGAGUAGUGGGGGAAGUGACCAUCGAAGUCAUUCUGGAGCCAGCAACCUUCUCAGGGAGACAUUUGACUGUUCAGGACAAUAUUGUGUAGAAAACGCUCUUUUGCAUGACUCCACCUCAGUUGGCACCACCCCUUACCAUCCUCCAGAAGACUCUCAUCACCUUGGCAAUGAGAAACCAACACAGACCAGAGCUAAAACCUUUCUGAAGCGUAUGGAAACACUCAAAGCCAAAGGGGCACAUGGAAAAUUGAGAGGCUCCACAAGGACUAGUAACUUGGUGAUAGGCAGACCUGUUCUUCAGCAUGAGCCAAAAGCCCUAAAGGAAAUGCAAUGUGUCCAAAUUGGGAAUGGAAACCUCCAGAACAUAACAUCUCAGAACGCAGUCAAGCAAACGUUUCCCUUCUCUGCUAAAUCCAGCAGUGAGAGUAGCCAGUCAGAGAUUAGCAGUAGUGGCAUAAGUACUCCCUCCUUAAAGGAACGGAAAUACCAUGAAUCAAAUAAACGAGGCGGCAUGUACCUGGAGGACCUGGAUGUUCUUGCAGGAGCAGCACUGAGGCAAGUGAUAGAUCAGAAUCGUAGAAAUGAAUUUCAUUCCCAGGAGAACCUAGUUGUCCAUAUUCCGAAGGACCACAAACCUGGAACGUUUCCCAAGGCACUUUCCAUAGAAAGCCUCUCCCCUACAGAUAGCAGCAACCGUGUGAACUGGAGGACAGGCAGUAUUUCUCUAAGCAAUCAGAAGUGCUUGACACCCAAAGAGUCCAAUCCCCUUGCUAUCUGUCCAAAGGAGAGUCGAGUUAGCAUUUAUGACAACGUUCCAGGUUCCCACUUAUAUGCCAGUACUGGAGACCUUCUAGAUUUGGAAAGGGAAAAUCUCUUUCCUCAUCUAGAUGACAUUUUGCAGCAGGUCAAUGGGCUUCAAGAAUCCGUAGACGACUGGUCCAAAAACAUAUUGCCAGAGCUGAAGAACAACGAUCUAUCCAUUGGUGAAUGUGGAUCUUUAUCAUUCCGGUCACCAGUCAAGAUUGCAUUAGAGUUUGAACAGAACUCUGUAUCGGAUGGCCGGACGACACCUAGUGAUAUGGACAGAGAUGGGACAUCUCUCAAUGAAUCAGAAGCCACUGGUGUUAGGGACAGAAGAGAUUCUGGUGUUGGAGCAUCUCUUACAAGGCCAAACAGGCGAUUACGUUGGCACAGUUUUCAAAUCUCUCACCAACUGUGCCAUGCCGUAGGAUCACUGCAGAUCAGCAGUCAGUCAGCUGCUCAGUUAAAUCUGCUGCAAAAAUUUUCUCUGCUUCGUCUUACUGCCAUCAUGGAAAAAUACUCCAUGUCAAACAAGCAUGGCUGGACUUGGUCUGUACCAAAGUUCAUGAAGAGGAUGAAAGUUCCAGACUACAAGGAUAAAAACAUAUUUGGUGUGCCUUUAAUAGUUCAUGUGCAAAGAACAGGGCAGCCCCUUCCACAGAGCAUACAACAAGCGCUGCGAUAUUUACGCAACCAUUGCCUGGAUCAGGUGGGUCUUUUCCGAAAGUCAGGUGUGAAAUCCCGAAUACAGGCCUUACGCCACAUGAACGAAAGCUCUUCUGAAAAUGUCAACUAUGAAGACCAGUCAGCGUAUGAUGUGGCAGAUAUGGUAAAGCAGUUUUUCAGGGACCUGCCUGAGCCACUGCUCACUAGCAAAUUAGGAGAAACGUUCCUCCACAUAUAUCAGUAUGUUCCAAAAGAACAGCGGCUUCAGGCGGUCCAGGCUGCCAUCAUGUUGAUGUCAGAUGAAAACAGGGAGGUUCUGCAGACUCUGCUGUGUUUCCUAAAUGACGUCACUUCCGUGGAAGAGAACCAGAUGACACCCAUGAACAUAGCCGUGUGCCUGGCCCCUUCGCUUUUCCACCUCAAUCUGGUCAAGAAAGAAAGCUCGCCACGAGUAAUACAGAAGAAAUACACAACAGGGAAGCCUGAUCAGAAAGAUCUCAGUGAAAACCUGGCAGCAACUCAGGGACUUGCACACAUGAUAGCAGAAUGCGAUAAACUUUUUGAGAUCCCACAUGAUAUGGUAACACAGUCUCGGAACUCGUAUGUUGAGGCCGAAGUGCAUGCUCCAACUCUGGUGGAACUGGGCAAGCAAAUGGACGAAGAAGGUGGGAAUUACCGGACCUACCUAGAAAGUCUAAUACAGAGCCUCUGCAAAGAAGCGAAAGAAAAAUUCAAAGGAUGGGUCACUUGUUCCAGCGCAGAAAAUACGGACCUGUGCUACAAAAAGGUAGGAGAUGGAAACCCAUUGAGGAUUUGGAAGGCAUCUGUGGAAGUUGAGGCUCCUCCGUCUGUUGUAUUGAAUCGAGUUCUAAGAGAACGCCAUCUUUGGGAUGAGGAUUUCUUGCAGUGGAAAGUCAUUGAAACGUUGGACAAGCAGACGGAGGUCUACCAAUACGUUUUGAACAGUAUGGCUCCCCAUCCUGCUAGAGACUUCUUAGUCCUCAGGACGUGGAGAACCGAUUUGCCUAAGGGGAUGUGCAUAUUGGUGGCUGUAUCUGUGGAACAUGAAGAAGCCCCUCUGAUGGGAGGGGUGCGAGCAGUUGUUAUGGAUUCCCAGUACUUAAUAGAGCCCUGCGGCUCUGGGAAAUCUCGCCUGACACACAUUUGCAGGGUGGACCUCAAAGGUCAUUCAUUAGAGUGGUACAACAAAGGCUUUGGACAUCUGUGUGCAGCUGAAGUUGCCAAUAUCAGGAAUUCAUUUCAACCGCUGAUUGCUGAGGGACCAGAAACAAAAAUAUGAGUGCUGGAUACCGACCUAUAUGGAGUUCCAUGGACAAACUAGAGCCACUGGGUGAUUUUAGCCUACAUUUGUGCAAUAGCCAAGCAAGGAUUGCUUGGGCAGCUCUGCCAUGGUCUGGUAAUGUCACCCACUUACCCUCCCAGCCCCAUCCUGUAUUUGUUAAUCUCCUUCACUGAAGAAUAUUUGUCCAAGAACUUUUUCAGGCUACACAAAUUUACUGUGGUCAUUGCUUUUCCAUUGCAUAAUUGUAAUAUUUAAAAGCUUCUGAGAAGCUUAUUUUAAAGUGUAAAUAAGAGAUGUAAAUAUUGUAUAGACUUUGCUAUGUAUCAUAUCUGCCUAUAUAUAUAUAUAUAUAUACACAUAUAUAUACACACACACAUAUGUAAAUAUAAUAAGUUUUGUAUAUAAGAGAGAACUUUCUAGAAGAAACUUCCUGCAUCUGUUUGGAAUGAUUUCCAUUCUGUUAGAUCUCAGCAGCUCCCAGCUUUUGUAAACAGCAUUUGCUAUUACUGUUAAAACUAUGACAUCAUCAGCGUGGUGACUAUCAGCCAAGUGGAGUACUUAAGCUGAUCCUAUGUUUGCAAAGCUUAUAUAAAGAGAUGCGUAGAGAUGGGCACACAGGGUUGAGAAGGGGCUGCUAAGAGGCGAGAGAAGGCAAUGAGCAGCAGGAAAGCAGUCUGGUCAGAUAGUAUUGGCAGGCAACAAUCUACAAUUGCCUGCAGAAAGCAGCAGCUGAGAAUAUAUGCUAGGUAUCUUUGAAAAAGGAAUAGAGAAGUUACAAGAUCAGCUGAAAGCUCACUAUUUGCAGUUUUCAGAAUAUUUGCUAAGACUGUUGGGCUAAUCCUUAGACACCAUGGUAAACAAGGAAGUGCUUAGAACAGCUGGUGAAGCAACUGUUGAGCCCAUGUGACAUCUUACUGCUACUUACCACAUCCAGUAACUGUUGCUUAAACUCACAGUGCAAGGAUGGGCCUUCAAAUCAGUCACUCCAGAACAGUCCUCUUCACAUCUGUAGGGAUGUUCUAUACCAGACAUCCCCAAACUGCGGCCCUCCAGAUGUUUUGGCCUACAACUCCCAUGAUCCCUAGCUAACAGGACCAGUGGUCAGGGAUAAUGGGAACUGUAGUCCAAAACAUCUGGAGGGCCGAAGUUUGGGGAUGCCUGUUCUAUACUAUAACAAACAGUACUUAGUCUAAGGCUUUGUCAUUUGAUAUCCUAUCCAAAGAUUUGCUGUCCCAGGUCAUAAAGUUUUGGGUCCCAAUUCAGAGAAAGUUGCUCAUGGUUAAAUUUCAUUGAAAUCAAAUGGAACUUGAGUGGGUCAUGACUAGCGAUAGCCCUGAAGUGAGCCAUGCAGAUAACUUUUUGCGUUGUGGGGUUUUCCUAUACAUAAGUAAUAAACAAAGUUUACAGUUCCCUGUUUCAGCAGCUCAUAACUGUCUUUGAAAAAUCAUUGUGGCCCCAUAGUUUUGUUUUUUCUCUGCAGCUCAGAUUAUAGUCCAAGCCGCACAAGAACUUCUAACUCACUUCCACCAACACCCUCACCUGGCUCCAACUGUUCCAAUGGCAGCAGAAGCAGAGGCUCUUGAUUCACUCUCUGGCACCUGAGAUGUGCUAUGCCAGCAUUCCAAGAGCCCGGAAAGAAAAGAGAAGGAAGCAACAGCCAACACAGCCAGGCAAAGAGAGAAAUGAGAGACCCUUUACAGCCAGGCAACUGGGUAAGGAAGUUCAGUGCAGUGGGGAGUAAAGGAUUUCUACUGCAUUGAGCUCCCAUUGCUGGGGCAUGUGAUGGGACACAAAACAGGCAUAGAACAUUUCCCAACAUUUUAGCAAAUUAAUACAGUUGGCCAAGCUCAUAUUUGGGAAACCCAGCCUAAUGGGCGGGGUCCAAAUAAUAAAUUAUUAUUAUUGGGCUAACCCUUGUCCAUUACUUGUCUAAGUUUCCCCAUUGAUUUUAAUGAGGCAUAACAGUGAUUAACUUUCUCUGAUAUGGAGCUUUACCUCAGGAUACAGCAACAGCCAACCCAGCACAUCGCUAACCAUUAUAUUCUACUAGUAUUGCACUCAUGUUGCAUGCCUAUAACGAAGUACAAAUUGGACUACUGGUGUGAAGAAAACAAUACCCAGCAACACAGCAAUUUUGCCAGAUAAACAUUGUUUCCAACAACAUUAGGAUCAUUAGAAAUAAUAACAUCUAUAUAGCUGCUGAUGUUGUUAAUAAUAAUAGUCUUAAAGCAACCCACUUAGAAUUAUUGCUUAUAUAAACACAAGCUAAUGUCCCCAUUGUAUUUGAAAUUAUUCCGAGCUUUGUUUCCAUCUGCACAAUAGGAACGAGAUGUAUUACAGGACAAUCCUACACAGGCCUAGUCAAAAGAAAGCCUCAUUGAUGUUAACGGAGCUUACUCCAAAGUAAGUGUGUCAAGGAUUACAGCCUUAAUAAGCUUUUUACUAAACAAAAUAAGCUUCUUACAAUGUGUGUCAUAAAUUUAAAAAGUGCAAUGGUAAACUCUGGGAAGAGGUAGUACUGUUUCUCUGGAGCACCUUUAAGAACACAAGAAGAGCGUCCUGGAUCAGGCCAAAAGCCCGUCUAGUCCAGCAUCCUGUUUUCACAACGGUGACUGUGAUGCCACCACACAGGACAUGAGUGUGACAGCAUUCUCCCCACCUGUGAGUCCCAACAACUGAAACUCCAGAGGCAUACUGUCUCCAACAGUGGAGGGGCAACACAGUUAACCAUGGCUGGUAGCCUUAUCAUUGCCGAAUUUGUCUCAUCCUCUUUUAGGUGGCCAUCGUUGCCUCUUGUUGGGAGCAAAAUCCUUAGUUUAACUAGGUGCUGUGUGAAAAAGUACUGUCUUUUGUCUGUCCUGAAUCUCCAAACAUUCAGCUUCAUUGGAUGGUCCUUUUUCAUAUGAUGGCCUUAGGCCUUGAUCCUAAAUGCUUGGCUUGGAAGAAAAUCUGUCCCGUUCCAAUGGGACUGAACUUCCAAGUCAGCACAUUAGGAUAGCAGCUGUCCUCAGGAUGUCAUUUUGUUCCUCAUGAAUGAAAACAGGAAUAGCUGCUGGUGGUAUUCUAGAAUGGUAGCCUAAGAGUCCAUUGGCAGUACAUAAUCAGGGAGUACUUAUUUCUCAUUCUGAAAAGGGGGAAAUGUUGUAAAGCAAAUCAUUAUUUUUUGAAGUAAUUUAUGGAGACAGGGUGAGCUUUUUUAAAAGAAAGGAAAUAAACUAGCAUGGAACAAAAUGCAGUUUCGUUCCUAAUUUAGUUUAAAAUAUGCAGUUAUUUUCAUAUGAAUUAGUCAGAUUCACCCCAACUUUCUAUAUAUUGUGGUACAUGGUUGUUUUUUUCAGAUUGCAUACUCACUUGUGAGUAGGCCCCAUUGAAUUCAAUGGGCCUUACCUCUUAGCAAUGACAUGCAUUGUGCUGUCAGUGUUUUAAUUCAUUGUUUUCAGUCAAUCAAAAUGUGCCAUUGAAUUUGAUUCAGUAGAAUACAGUAUAUUUCCCUGAAAGAAGAGGGUUGCCUUUUUCCUGUCAGGUCUCUUUACCUUGAAGAGCAGAGUUGGCAAGCACAAAUUAAUUCAAUAUAUGAAACUUUUUCCAGCAUGUCAAUAUGCGGCAGUGGGGAAGGAUUUCUCCUUGUCACACAAUGGUUGUUUUUAACCAUGGUGCAGAAACAGCUUUUCACGGGAUUCUAUGGUGACUAUAGUCUGCCUGGAUUACAUUAAAGCUUUGUGAUCUCUGUAGGAUUGUGCCUAUAAGAGCAACACACAGGAGCUUCAGGAAAUGUCUGGUCUAGGUGAUAUACAAACUCCAACCUCGAUGCCAUGCACCAUUCUCCCAAUACUUCAUUUCUAGAAAGAGCCACGGUAUUAAUAUUAAACCAUACUCAUAUUCACCUCAGUGUGGGAUGCAGACUGAGGCCAAGACCAAAAGAAGGAGAAAAAACCUCAGGUUCAGGAUCGUAGACUUUAAAUUUGGUGAGCCUGGGCCAGUCGUGGCUGAUGGACGGCAGCAAAUGUGAAUACCUGACUCUCCCCCAGCAGCAUCACUGUCACUUAAUAGGAGGGCGCGAGUUGAGGCAGCGAGGCUCUUCCCAUUGUCCCUGCAUAGCAGUGAUGCCACCGCUCCUCACAGGCCGCAACUGGCCCAGCCUUACCAAAAGUACACUAAGGGGUUUCCCCCCCCCCCUCAUUUUCAUCAUGGCCUUAGCUUGCAUGCAACACCUGUAAGAAGUCUAGAAACUAGAAAGCCCAAAAGCAUGUCAUGUGGUAUUUCCAUGCUGUACAUACAAGUCCCUCCAACAGACACAUUGUGAAAUUUCUACCAACGUGGAAAAAACAAUCAUUGCCCAACUUAAUAAUCUUCAUGAAAAAAACCAUUUAAUAAGUUUGUUUAAAACAGCACUAGAGAAGAUGCCAUCCGAUACUCACAAAAUUGUUAUCCAUGCAGACAAAACACCUACUGGGCAACAUGUAAGAAGAUUUAAUUCACCUCAUAUUGAUGAAGUUGCCAUUGUUAUUGUGGGAGACCAGUUCCAACCAAGAGAUAUUGUACUUCAACGAAGAAACAAUACAUUAACAAAUGUUUCUGAGACACAUUGAUGCUAUGACGCACUCCAAUACCCACUCAUUUUGGGGGGAUAGUGCUGAUGGAUAUCACUUUAACAUUAAAAUGAUAAAUUCAAUCACUACUACCUACUCAUACCAAAUAAUGAUUAGAGAUAAUGAAGCCAAUCAACUUCUAAAAUAUCAACAGCUGAUUCAUCAAUAUAUCGUUGAUAUGUAUGCUAAAAUUGAAACAGAGCGUUUACUAUUCAUAUGCUUAAAUUUUUAAAAAAACUGCAUUCAGAGCAAUACAUUCAUUUACGAGAUGCUAUUCAAAAUGAUGGCAAUACAAGUGCAAUUGGAAAACUAACCAUUCUACCAUCCACAUAUACAGGUAGUCCACGCCAUAUGCAUGAAUAUGUUCAAGACGCAAUUGCAUAUGUACGCCACUGCGGUCGCCCAGACCUGUUUAUAACAUUUACAUGUAAUCCAACUUGGGACGAAAUAAAAAAACUGCUGCAUCCAAACCAAAAAAACAUUGACAGACAUUACAGCACAAGUUUUCCAACAAAAAUUAAAAUCACUGAUUGAUUUCAUCAUAAAGCAUGAAGUCUUCGGAUCUGUGCACUGCUGGAUGUACUCAGUAGAAUGGCAAAAAAGAGGAUUGCCACAUGGCACAUAUUUUAGUAUGGCUUUACAAUAAAAUUACUUCAGAAGAAAUUGACAAUGUCAUCUCUGCUGGAAUCCCCAAUGUCACCAUAGAUAAUGGUUUACAAGAAGUUGUAACUAAAAAUAUGAUCCAUGGACCUUGCGGUACAAUCAACCCAAAUUCUCCAUGCAUGAAAGAUGGAAAAUGCUCAAAACACUAUCCCCGACCAUUUGCUGCAAACACAAUUACAGGAAAUGAUGGAUAUCCAUUAUACAGAUGAAGAUCACCAGAAGAUGGUGGAAAUUUCUUCACUAAACAAAAACAAAAAAAUAGACAUUGAUAUAGAUAAUCGAUGGGUUGUCCCGUAUUCACCAUUACUAUCUAAAACAUACAAAGCACACAUAAAUGUUGAAUACUGCAACUCCGUAAAAUCCAUCAAAUACAUUUGCAAAUAUGUCAAUAAAGGGCAGUUUUCACAAUACAAAAAGAAAAACAAAAUACGGAUGCAAUCAUAAAUAUUGAUGAAAUUACACAAUAUCAAACUGGAAGAUACAUCGGCAGUAAUGAAGCCGUAUGGCAAUUUUUUUUCUUGGACGCACCAGGAGGAACCGGAAAAAUGUUUCUCAUUAAAUUAAUUCUCUCCUCAAUUAGAUCCACAAAUGACAUAGCAUUAGCUCUGGCAUCAUCCGGAAUAGCUGCAACUCUACUACCAGGUGGAAGAACUGCAUAUUCCACUUUAAAACUACCAUUAAAUAUACAAUCCAUAGAAACUCCAAUAUGUAACAUUUCCAAAACAUCAGGAAUGGCUAAAAUUUUACAAGCAUGCAAAAUUAUAGUUUGGGAUGAAUGCACAAUGGCACACACAAAAUCUCUUGAGGCUCUAGACCGCACCCUACAAGAUUUACGUGGAAACAACAAACCAUUUGGAAGUGCCUUAAUCUUACUUUCAGGUGAUUUCAGACAAACCUUACCAGUCAUCCCACGAUCAACACCAGCAGACGAAAUAAAUGCUUCACUAAAAUACUCCAAUUUGUGGCAACAUGUUCAAACAUUACAUUUAACUACCAAUAUGCGAGUAAACCAACAAAAUGCUAAAACAACGGAAAUCUUCUCAAAACAAUUACUGGAUAUUGGAAACCGAACAAUUCCAUUAGAUAACACCUCUAAACGAAUAACAUUUCCUAAAAACUUCUGCACUUUGAUAACAUCAAAAGAAGAAUUAAUAGGAAAAGUAUUCCCAAACAUAGUAAACAAUUACAAAAAUCAAAAUUGGCUUAGUGGACGAGCAAUUUUAGCACCCAAAAACAAAUAUGUCUAUGAACUAAACCAUCAAAUACAAUCAAACAUUCCAACAGAAACAAUUGCAUACAAGUCUAUUGACACCGUUGUAGGAACAGAUGAAGCUGUAAGUUACCCUACAGAAUUCUUAAAUUCACGUGAUCUACCAGAAAUUCCACCACACUUACUAUAACUAAAAAUUGGUCCCCAAUUAUUAUGUCACGUAACAUCAACCAACCAAAACUUUGCAACGGUGUUCACCUCACAAUCAAUAAUGCCAAACAUUAUUGAAGCAACAAUCAUAACAGGACCUUUCACAAAUGAAGAUAUACUCAUUCCUCGAAUACCAAUAAUACCAUCAGAUAUACCAUUCCAAUUUAGAAGAUUACAAUUUCCAAUAAGAUUAGCAUUUGCAAUGACUUAUCAACAAAUCCCAAGGACAAACUUUGAACUGCUGCAGUAUACAUCUAGAAACAGAUUGCUUCUCUCAUGGACAACUAUAUGUAGCAUGCUACAGAGUUGGUAACCCACAAAACUUAAUUAUCUACGAAAACAAUGACACCACAAAAAAUGUAGUCUACCUUCAAGUUUUAUAAUUCAAUUAAGAACAAACAAAAAACCAAAAAACGGAGCACAACUAAAAAUCAACAUUAAACCAAAGCAAUACAACAACUUAUCAAAUUAUUUGCAGAAAAUGUCACACCAGAAAUAAAACAGCAUCCAAGGACAUAACCAACUUUAAAAAAAAACAGGAAAAAAAUACAACCAACUAAACAAGAUCAAACGAUCAUAAGACAACAAAAAUAAUUAAAACAACAAAUCCAAGGACAAAAUUAAUAUAUCCGGAAAAGCAAAUUACAUCCGAAAAUUAAGCAAACAAAAGGUACGCAACCAUAACCAUUCAACAUACAAAUGGCAUCAAUACUCACAAUAAAUAAAUAAAUAAACCACAGCAACGCAUGACCGGGUUAUCUAGUAAAAUAUAUACAGUGGUACCUCGACUUCCGAAGGCGAUCCGUUCCGCGGCGCUCUUUGUAAGUCGAAACGUCCAUUUUGCACAUGCACGAAGCGCGAUUUAGCGCUUUGCACAUGCGCAGAACGUGCGCGGGGCGAAAAUACUUCCGGGUUUGCCGACUUCAUAAGUCGAAACCUUCGGAAAUCGAGGUACCACUGUAAUUUUCACCAACCUUCCCCAACAUCGUUGGACCAUUGGCCAUGCUUUUGGGUUUUCAGUUGGCACUCCACCAGGUUGGAGAAGACUGAUUUAGGCCUACAGUACAAGCCAGAAAGUUGGUGCCGUAAACUGGCACCAACUUUUUCAAACUUUUUCAAACCUAGAUGAAAAUGGCAGAUCCAUCAUACACCAAGAUCAUCCAAAAAUGACAUAACACCAAUUCAACCCCUUACCCAGUCUUUCCUACACCUGUACAAUCAGUAGGGAUGAAUGAUAAUUUUUGAGGAAGGGAGUCAAGAAAGUUAGUAGUACUCAAGUAAUUCCUGGUUGAGUCAGCCCCUUGGUAUUUUGUCUCCGCUCAUCAGCCUGUUUCCCUCCUCCACACUUCCACAAACUUAUUAAGUUGUAGGAGGAUGAGGUGAGGACGGGAAGCAGCUGCUGAGGUGAAAGCUGAAGGCUGCUUCUGCAGAGGUAAGCUCUAGAAAAUAUUGACUUUUAUUUCUCCUGACUCAUUGACUGGAAAGGCUAUUUUUAAAAAAUCCCAGCUAUAGUACGCAGAAUUAGGCCAAGCAUGUUCAGUAAAUACUUCUUGGACCUUGUUUUCCUCACUUUGGGAGGUGCAAUUUUUUGUUGUUAUAUUUUAUUUGUCCUGACUCACGGACCCGGACAUAAAAAACCCAACAGCCCUACAAUUCUCAGCAUUCCAGUAACAAUGGAAAUGGCCAGCUCUACCAUUAGGCAGAAUGAGGCAGCCACCCCAGAAAGCACAUCCUGGGGAGUGGAGGGGUAGCAAGACAUGCGACAGAGAUUGUGUGACCUAUAUUUACUAGCCCUGAGCUACUUUGCUGUCCUCAGUUCAGGUAGAGGAUGUUGUCCCAUCACUAGUGUUGAGGUAUGAUUCAAAUGCCAGCCUCAUAGUCAUCUUGUACAUGGGAUGGGGAGGGAGCCAUUUUGUUCAGGGCUGGUCCUGAAUGGAAAGUUCAAAUAUGUUCAAAAGUCUCAAUUGCUGAAAGAUGGGGAUUAAGGGGCAAAAAAUAUUUCCUCACAUUGUGUCAUUUAUAUGACAAUUUCCUGAUAAAAAAUACAUCCAAAAAGUUUCAAACCAUAAAUACAUUAUAAACAUUAAAAACUGCAGCCACAAAGUAUAAUUCCAACAAAUAAUAGAUAGUACGAUUAAAACCUGGCUGAAAUAAAAUUUUAUUUCAUAACCAUCUAGGAAUGGACAAAGAGGGAGUCAUCAGCCCCGAUAAGUCUCCCUCUCUUUUUCUCUCGUAUGGUAGAGCAGCGAAGUAGAAAUUGGGCUUUAACAUUUCACUUUGCUGUGGAGUUCUGUGGAUUAAAUGUUUGGAUAGGGUCAGGAAAACUUGGGUUUGGGGAGACAUGGAUCAUCUCCCUUUGCCUCAGAUCAGGGGUAAGCAAUGAGGUACUCCCCAUUUCUUGUGGACAACAAUGUCUGUCAGCCCCCAGCCAGUUUAGUCAUAGUUGGGGAAGAUGGGAGUUGCAGUCAACGGCAUCUGGAGGGGGGUCCCUUGGAUAGCCCUGCCUCAGACUAUUGCUACAAUUCCAUUUGGUUCCCAUGUUUAGAGAUAGAAGAAGUCAAGUAGAUAUGCUUGUGCCAUCUAGCAACCAUGUAUCUGUGAAAUACUAUGUUUUCUUUUUUAAAAUGAGUAUUAAUCUUAUCUAUCAGAAGAACACUACCAUGUUUUCAUUAAGUGUUACAUUGCCAUUGUUAAGUCAAUAUGGACAUUGUGUGUGUGUUUUUAAUGUACUCAUAUAAAUACCUCAAUUUUUUUUUUACCUCACGUCUUGUUAUCAGUCAAAAACAACCUGUAAAUAGAUAACAUGGAGCUGAAUAAAGUGGCAUAUACUGAA